AUGAAGCUCUCCAUCCUCGCCCUCCUUCCCAUCGCGCUCGCCAGCGUCGUCUACAGCAAGCCCGCUCCCGUGACUUUGGGCCAAGUGUUCCACCCGCCCAAGGACACUGCCAGCGCUUCUUGGAAGAUCAAUGACCAGGUGGGCACCAUGACGGUCAAGCUGGCCCUCGGGUACAUCCAGAUCUGUCUGGGCGUCUCCUCGUGGUCCUUUGUCGAUGAAAACCAACAAACCGAAUUAAGGCUGGACCGCUACAACACUCCGCCGCCCUCCCAUUAUGCCCUGUCUUCGGUGGAUGUCUGCAAAGACUGCAUGGGAAAGAUCACGGACGGCGCCAUCUCCAAGAGCGUCUGCUACAGCACCCUGGAGGGCGAUGCGGACAAGAGAAUGUUUCAGACGGUCCUGGAUGCACUCUCCCUCGCCAGCGACAUUGGCGCCUUUGUCAAAGCUUACGUUGAUGGGCAGUUCAGAUUCUACCCGAUUGGCUCUUUCCACUAG